UGUAUGCUGGCAAUUUAAGUUUCUAAAGAAACAUUUCACCAAACUUCAAAGGAAAAAAACCCUUUCAUGAUUCCAUAUAUUUCCCACCCUCCAUCACUCCUACAUGCAUCAAAGCAUUCACUUCAAGGACCACCCUUCCAUUUUCAACUCCUUUCUACAAAAUAUGGUGAUGAUGAAACAUCCAUUCCUCUCUUUCACACUUCUUCUAAUUGUUUUUUUCUCUUCCACCACCACUUUAGCCCAGAAAUCACCUGCUCCGGCCCCUUCGACUGAUACCGCCCCAACCGACAUUAUCAGAAUCCUCAAAAAGGCUGGAGGGUUCACCACGCUAAUCCGUCUUCUCCAAACCACACAAGUGUCCACCCAAAUCAACUCUCAACUCUUAAACUCGAACGGUGGUUUAACCUUGUUUGCACCAAACGACAAUUCCUUUUCAAGUCUCAAACCCGGCUUCCUCAAUUCGCUUAGCGAUGAACAAAAGAACAAGCUCAUCCAAUUCCACUUGCUACCUACAUUUGUAUCCAUGUCAAAUUUUGAUACUUUGAGCAACCCGGUGAGAACACAGGCUGGUGAUGACCCUUAUAGGUUGGGACUGAAUGUAACAAGUUCAGGAAACCAAGUGAACAUGACAACAGGUAUUGUUAAUGUCACAGUCGGUGGCACUGUUUACACCGAUCACCAGCUUGCAGUUUACCAAGUGGACAAAGUGCUCCUUCCUCGGGAUUUCUUUGUUGCUAAGCCUCCUGCUCCGGCUCCAGCACCGGAAAAGACUAAGUCGUCUAAGAAGAAAUCUUCUGAUAGCGAUGGUGGAGUUGCAGGAGACGAUGAUUCUGGUGCUGUUAAUGUAAAACAAAGACGUCUGAUGUUGGUUCCUGUUGCUGUUGCUACAAUCAUAGUAGCAAUAUAUUCAUGGUGAAGAAGAUCAUGUACCAAAAGGUUAAAGAUCAUGCAACUGGGGCGGAUUAAUUGAUCUACAUUUUGCAGUCUUAUAUAGUGUUUUUUCAAUUAUAUUGUCUUGUUAAUUUUUCUUUAUUUCUUAUUUCUCACAUGAAUCUAAUCAGUUUGUAUAUGUAAGCUGGUGUUAAAAGAAAAAUGAAUCUAUGUAAAAUUGAGAAAGCUUCCUAUGACAAAAUCAGUUAUCAUGGAACUUUAUGUUAUUAGGAGAAAUCUCAAUGAUUUUGCACAAGAUCACUACUACAGUAUCAUAAAAUUUAGAUAUAUGAGUGGGGGUGAAUUGAUUCUAAGGCCAUUUUUCUUAGAUUCUGUAUAGUAUUGUUUAACUAAUAAA